AGCCGCGCGGCCCUGUCACGCUCACCCCUUGCCCUUGCCUUCCGCCCGGCGACCCCCGGAACGUUGUCCUCUACAGUCGUGCCCUCCGCCGGCCCCGUUUGUCUGUGCACACCGACUUUCCAGAAGUGACGGAGGGAAAGUUGGUUCAGGGUGAGCACUCUCCCCGAGAGCCACGCGGGCCCGGGGUGGCCCCAGGCCAGCCGGUUUCUGGCAUCGGAGCUGUUGGUGUCACUUGUCACCUUUGUCUUCCUCCCCUCCCCAGGCUGGAGUGGAGAGACCCGACAAGAUCUUAUGGCAAUGCUGAGGAGGAAAGUGUCCCUCAGAUGAGGUGGUCGGUGGCCGCGGGUUGUUGUGACCCGUCGUUCUCAAGAGCUAUGGCAGGGACCAAAAUAAAAAGUCAGUUUCUGUCACUAACUGCAAAGUGAGAGAAGCCGGCAGCGGGUUGAGGGCUGCCGGGCAAGAUGGACCCUUGUGGAGACCUGGGAGUGCCCCGCGGCGACGGUCCCCAGGGGCUCAGAGGGGCGUCUGCCGUGGACUCUGAGCUGCCCUGGCGCCCGGAGGUCCAGCUGCAGGGGACAUACGCGGACAGCAGCCACAGUGAACCAGACCGAAACAGAGUGUGUGAAGAACUUAUAAUGGUGGUCCAAGAAAUGAAAAAAUAUUUCCCAGCCGAGAGACACAAUAAACCAAGCACCUUAGAUGCCCUCAACUAUGCCCUUGGCUGUGUACACAGUGUGCAAGCGAACAGUGAGUUUUUCCAGAUCCUCAGUCCAAAUGGAGCACCUCAGGCAACUGUGACCGCAUAUAGUCUUGAGGAGCUGGCCAGUGUGGCUUCUGAACACACUUCCAAGAACACAGAUACCUUUGUGGCAGUGUUUUCAUUUCUGUCUGGAAGGUUAGUGCACAUUUCUGAACAGGCUACUUUGAUCCUGAAUUGUAAGAAAGAUUUCUUGAAGUCCUCUCACUUUGUUGACCUGCUUGCCCCUCAAGAUGUGAGGGUGUUCUACCUGCACACUGCCCGAACUCAGCUUCCUUUCUGGAACAACUGGACCCAAAGAGCAUCCCAGUACGACUGCGCUCCAGUGAAGUCCUUCUUCUGCAGGAUCCGUGGAGGUGGAGACAAAGAGCAAAAGAAGUAUUACUCCCCAUUCCGGAUCCUCCCCUACUUGAUUCAUGUACAUAGCUCUGGCCAGCCAGAAUCAGAACCUUGCUGUCUAACGCUAGUUGAGAAGAUUCACUCUGGUUAUGAAGCACCUCGAAUUCCAGUAGAUAAAAGAAUUUUUACUACAACACAUACCCCAGGAUGUGUGUUUCUUGAAGUAGAUGAAAGAGCCGUGCCUUUACUGGGUUACCUACCUCAGGAUCUGAUUGGAACAUCAAUCCUAUCGUACUUGCACCCAGAAGAUCGUCCUCUGAUGGUUGCCGUACACCAGAAAGUCUUGAAGUAUGCAGGCCAUCCUCCCUUUGAACAUUCACCUGUUAGAUUUUGUACUCAAAAUGGAGAUUAUAUCAUAUUGGAUUCCAGUUGGUCUAGCUUUGUGAACCCCUGGAGCCGGAAGGUUUCUUUCAUUAUUGGUCGACAUAAAGUUCGAACGAGUCCACUAAAUGAGGACGUUUUUGCUGCUAGGGUAAAAAAGAUGAACAAUAAUGACAAAGAUAUAACAGAACUACAAGAGCAAAUUCACAAACUUCUCUUGCAGCCGGUUCAUGCCAGUGCUUCCAGUGGCUAUGGAAGCAGCGGCUCCCAGGAGCAUCACGUCAGCAUCGCCUCAUCCAGCGAGUCAAGCGGACACGGGGUGGAAGAAGCACAAAAGGAGCCGAUGACCUUGCAGCAGGUCUAUGCCAGUGUGAGUGAAAUUAAGAAUCUGGGUCAGCAGCUCUACAUUGAGUCUAUGACCAGACUGCCAGUCAAGCCAGUGGUGGUGACGCACAUGGAGCUGCAGGGAGCUGAUAAGCAGAAGGGCAUUUCUUCCUUUCAGACAUUGAAAAAUAAAAGCAUCUGUACUGACUCUUGUGAAGAUAUGAAGAAAGAUAAGCAUAGCCCAUCCUAUCAGCAAAUCAACUGUAUUGAUAGUGUCAUUAGAUAUCUUAAAAGCUACAAUAUUCCAGCUUUAAAAAGGAAGUGUGUAUCCUGUACAAAUACAACCUCGUCAUCCUCAGAAGAGGACAAACAGAACCACAAAACAGAAGAUAUUCCUGCGUUGCAAGCUAUUGUACAGAUUCCAGCCAUACCUACACCCGAGUUACAGACAAACCAAUGGUCCACAGAUGCUGAAGGAGGUGCUGCGCAGACCCUGUCCACUGCGGCACUGAGCAUGGGGUCAGGCACAAGCCACUGCAGCUACAGCAGCACCACUGUCUGUGUCCCAUCCCCAGAGUCAGAUGAUGUUGCCCUAGCAUGUGAUCCCAGGACCCUACAAACACAGCAAGCUUAUCUGACUGCAGAAGAAUUUAAGCAUGUGGGGCUCACAGCAGCUGUUCUGUCGGCACACACACAGAAGGAAGAGAAGAAUUAUGUUGACAGCUUCCGGGAAAAGAUCCUGGCAUCUCCCUAUAGUUCUUAUCUCCAACAAGAAGGCAGAAACAAAGCUAAAUGUUCCUAUAUUCAAGAUUCAAUAUCGAAACAGCCCAGACAGGCAGGGCGCAAGAAAGGGAAGCACAAGAGGAAGAAGCUGGCAGCGCCAGUGGACAUCUGUGACUCCAGCACUGACUUUUGUCCCCACUGGAACCUUCCUGCUGCCUCUUCUCUCCAUGCCCCAAGCCUGGCUUUCCCAUCUGCCUUGAUAGUUCCUAGCCAGGCCCCUUAUCUCCUCCCAGCAUUUCCCAUUCCAGCUGUGACUUCUCUGGGAGGAACUGACUCUGCAGCCAUGGGAGCUGCUCCUGAAUGUCCCCCUCAAUCCAAUGGCAUUCAGUCACUUCCAGCUCUCCCAUCUCCUGAAUUGGAUACGUUCAUGACCAUUUUCCUGCACAGCACCCCCAUUUAUCCUCUCUGGUCGCCAGCAUUGUCUCCAUAUCCAUUCUUAGGGGCCACAGUCACCUCAGAAAUGCCACUCUCAGUCCCAGCAGUAGCUCCUGAUCUGGAACCACCUUCUGCAGUCAGCAACCAAAGGAGAGUUGAGGAAAAGUGGAAGACACAAAGUGAAGAGCAACUGUUUAGUGGUUCAAGGAGCAGCUCACCGCUGCAGCUAGACCUGCUGCAGGAGGAAAUGCCCAGCUCUCCCUUGUCUCCAGAGCCACUAGGAAGGGGCAUUUGCCCUGAAGACGAGUGUCACUGUGCCCUUUCAGAUGACGGUGGUGAUAGAAACAGUCACUCUGCCACUGGGGAGCUGGCCACAGUGUCAGUGCACCAGGAGACCCCGUGUGGAGCUGGCUCAGGAAACAGCGGCAGCAGUCUGUGCUUUACUAGCAGUGAAUAUGCUUCUGAAAUUUCUGAAAAUGGGCAGCACUCUCAGGAUAUAAAGAAAACAGAAAAUUUUCCCCAUUUAGCUGAAGAGUCUAUCUGGAGAAUGAUAGAACAAACACCAGAAUGUGUUCUACUGACGUAUCAAGUACCUGAAAGGGUCACCGAAGUUGUACUGAAAGAAGACCUAGAAAAGCUAGAGAGCAUGAAGCACCAUCAGCCCCGGCUUUCUCUUGAGCAAAAGAAGGAGCUGGCUAAGGUGCAUUCUUGGAUUCAGAGCCAGACCCUCCCUCAAGAAAUACCCAUCCAAAGCUGUAUCAGCAGAGGUUCAGCGGAUGCCACUCCACAGUCCUAUGAGCAGCAAGCAGCAGAAGACAUCAUUGAGCAACCUGAAGAUGUCCCUUCACACUCUUUCCAGGCCAUGUGUGACACAGAAACCUCUCUGUGUAGCUCACCAAACUCCAGCUCUUAAGUCACCACAAAGUCCUCACCAACAUUAUUAUUUUCUCUUCGUGCUUUUGGUGCAUUUUCUUGGCAGUACUGAGGAUCAAACCCAGGGCGUCACAUAUGCUAAGCCAACACUCUGCCACUAAGCUGUAUCUCCAGCCCCACUUUCUUAGAUUUUUUUUUUUAAGUAUACAUCAUUUUUCCAAAGCAGACAUUGUACAUAGCUUUUUUUUCUCCUUGUUCCUGAUAUAUGAAAACUUCUAAUUUCUAUUUUGUCUUCUAAAGACAGUGGAUUGCCGCUAAAGUGGUAUGUGUCUGACAAAAUUUGAUUUCAUAAGUCACACAAAAUAAUUUGUAAUGAGAAGUUAUAGUAAGUUAUAAUUAGAAUGAGUCCCACACCUUAGCCUCUUUUAUGUUGUUCUAUUAUUACAUAAAUCAAUGCUCUGUUAAGAGUACUUGAAAUUCUGUCUGGGCUAUAUACUUCUUAUAAUGGUCCCCGUGAACUGCCAGUCAUCUAGGCUUUGUGCAACAUGGUGCUUCCCCUUCCUAAAUGAGAAAAGACAUUCCAGUUUUUUCACAGAGCUCUAAAGUACAUUGUCCAUUAAUAAAAUCUGGAAAUGCCCAUUUUCAUGGUUGCAUUUGACCUUCAUUCUUAUAGAUACAUUUCAUUUUGAUUUCUACCUUUCACUGAAAUUCUGAACAUUUUCUUAAUACCCAUUGAUUUACAAGGGUCUUACUUUUUGGGGAACUUAAAAUUAAUAUUUGCCUGUCUAAUGUUAAAACAAAAAGGCUUCUUAUUAAAUCAAAAGUAUUUAAGUUCUUCAUUUUAAAGUAAUGUUAUGUAUGUAAUGUUUAAAGUUUCAAAAGUUAUGUCAGUUUGGAUUGCUCUAUAGGCUUAUGUGUCUGAAUACCCAGUCUUACCAAAACUAACAGAUAACUCUUUCUUUUCACUGAAUUUACACAAAGAGGUCUCUCCAUGCCGACCAGAGGUCUGAUUGGCACUGCCUUUUGUUUGCCCUUGUGUAGGGGUAAGUGUUUAAUGAUUACACAGUGAGAAACCUACAUUAAAGGGGCUCAGUGGCCCUGUCCCUGGGGGACAUAAAGUUCCCAUGAGUCCAUGCUAUCUAGGCCCUUAGCAGUCUUUGAAGAACAGUCACACUGUUCACUGAUCUGUCCACCCGCUCCCUGAUGCUCUUUAGAGAAGUACAAGACUCCUUCCAUGUCUUGGAAUGAUACAUGAAAUUCACAUCCAUGCAGAUUAGAGAAAAGAAUAGAGGAAAAGGAAGGUUAAGUAACCUUUUAUUUUUUCGUAAGACUUGCAAAAAACUAACGUAUUUUUCUUUUCUUUCUUGUUUUGUUUUGUUUUAGGAAAAUGCUUGUUUCUCCUUUGAUGUUUUAUAGAUUUCAUAAAUGUACCCUCAUUGUGGUCAGGAGAAUUUCUCCAUGAUGGCUGCUGGGCCCUGAUGCUCCAACCCUGUAGCUCAGACUUCCUUUCUAAGUAAUGCUUUCCAGGAUGCCAAGUCUAUCCUAAAGUGUCAAAAACAUUUUCAAAUGCUGCCUUUGACAUUUCUUAGGGUUUUUAAUAUUAAGUAGUUCUAUAAAAAUAUUUCUGUUGUGUGAACAGACAUUGUUCCAUCAUGAUAGCUAAGUGGUUUCCAAGGCCUCCUAGUCAAGUUGUAUGGUACCUUUCACAGAAGAAUUAAUCAGCUGUGCACUGUCUAUUGAUGGCAUUCCUUAAUAAUAAAGGGUUUAGGUUGUAUGAAUCAGAAGUCAUAUUUGGAUUAACCAGGAUUAUUGUGUAUUCACGUUUGUGUAUUUCAGACCUUGUGUUCUCUAAAGAUGGAAGCCUUCUUAUAUUGUUUGUAGAUAGUCAUCUACAGUUGCUUAUUUCUUGGCCUUAGUACACAUUUUAUGGUGUGUGCAUUAUGAUAGGCUUGAUUUGAAACUGGUGCUUGUUGUAGACAAUCUGUAAAAGCCUGUAUCCAGUCCCAUCCUCCCCUGAGACAUUAGUCAGAGCAUUGCAGAUUGUUCCUGUGCUGAGCAUGCCAGGUUCAGCAGUGACUGGCCUGCCCCCCAUGGGGGCCUUACCCAGUGGGAAUUUUGUUGUUCAAGCUUAUUAACUUUUUGUAUUAAUGGCUACAGAAAUUGGAAAUAAAGUAUAUAUUAUAAA